GGUAGAUCGUUUAUCUAGAAUCUCAAAGUCCGCCUCUAUCCUGUGCGGUCUUUUUCUUCGGACCUGCAAUGGAUGUUACGACUGGAUUUGCAUUCUUUAUCAUUUUUCUGCAACUAAUUCACGCGAAUGGACUUUAUUUAUCCAAUAGCAUAGAGUCUCUGCAGCAUGUCCUGAGGGAAUAUUUGGUGGUGAGGCCUGUGAACACUGACGCAGAAGGCCGCUUCCUCUCAGGUGCUGUCUCCGCAAAUCAGCUGGACAGCCAGCACCAGCAGGUCUACAGACGCUGGAGGAGGGAGGCUGCAGCCACCUCAGACCCCAACCAUGGAGACCUGGAGGAAGGAGAUGGCACCGCCAGGCACAGGGAGACACUCUUCUACAACGUCACUGUGUUUGGCCGGGAGCUUCACCUGCACCUGCGCCUCAACUCCAGGCUGGUGGCCCCCGGAGCUAAAGUGGAGUGGCAUGAGGAGGGCAACCAGACCCGCUACGAGCCUCUACUGGAGAGCGACUGCUUUUAUGUAGGAGAGGUCACCAACGUCAGGGACACAUCCGUCGCUCUCAGCAACUGUGAUGGCCUGGCAGGAAUGAUCCGCAUGGGGCGGGAGGAGUUCUUCAUCGAACCCCUGGAGCACCAAGGUGGUGGGGCGGGGGAGGAGGAAGGAGGAGAUGGACGACAUCACAUCGUUUAUCGCUCCUCUGCCAUUAAGAGACCCCAUGUCAAUCAAACAGCGGACUCUUACCCCCAAGGGUCAGUUCUGGGUGGUCUGAUGGACCUGCAGGCACUGUCCAGAGGAGUGCAGCAGCAGCAUCACAAACUGAACCAGACCAGGAGGGCCCGGGCCCGACGCCAGGCCCACGAGGAACCUGAGCUGUUCAACAUGGAGGUUCUACUGGGGGUGGACUACUCCGUGGUCCACUUCCAUGGCAGAGAGAACAUCCAGAAGUACCUGCUCACCCUCAUGAACAUAGUGAAUGAGAUUUACCAGGAUGGUACCCUGGGUGCCCACAUCAACGUGGUUCUGGUCCGGAUCAUCAUGUUGUGUCCUGCAAAGUCUUUGAGUCUGAUAGAGCUGGGGAACCCGUCUCAGAGUCUGGAGAAUGUAUGUCGCUGGGCCUUCCUGCAGCAGAAGGAAGACAGGAAUGAUGCAGAGUACCAUGACCAUGCCAUCUUCCUCACCAGACAGGAGUUUGGCCCCUCCGGCAUGCAAGGUUACGCUCCUGUGACGGGUAUGUGCCACCCAGUGCGGAGCUGCACUCUCAACCACGAGGAUGGCUUCUCCUCUGCCUUUGUUGUGGCACACGAGACUGGACACGUGCUGGGUAUGGAGCACGAUGGCCCCCCUGGUAAUGAAUGUGGUGAUGAGGUGCCCAUGGGAAGCAUCAUGGCCCCUCUGGUGCAGGCUGCCUUCCAUCGAUUCCACUGGUCCCGAUGCAGCCAGGAGGAGCUCAACAAGUACCUGAACUCGUAUGACUGUCUCCGUGACGACCCCUUCGACCAUGACUGGCCGGCGUUGCCACAGUUACCAGGGAUCCACUACUCUAUGGACGAGCAGUGUCGCUUUGACUUUGGCGCCGGCUACACCAUGUGCACGGCGUACAGCACCUACGACCCCUGCAAGCAGCUCUGGUGCAGUCACCCAGACAACCCAUUCUUCUGCAAAACCAAGAAGGGUCCGCCCAUCGACGGCACUACGUGUGCAGCAGGGAAGCACUGCUUCAAAGGUUACUGCAUGAAGCUGACCCCAGACAUUCUGAGACAGGAUGGUGCCUGGGGCCAGUGGAGUAACUUUGGCUCCUGCUCCCGUACCUGUGGGGGUGGUGUGCGCUUCCGGACCCGUCAGUGUGACAACCCAAUCCCUGCCAAUGGAGGACGCACCUGCUAUGGCAACAGCUAUGAGUUCCAGCUGUGUAACCUAGAGGAGUGCUCCAAGCCCUUAGUUGACUUCAGGGAGGAGCAGUGCAAGAUGUGGGAGCCCUACUUUGAGUAUGACAACACCAAGCACCACUGGCUGCCCUAUGAGCAUCCUGACAUUGAUGAGAGAUGCGAGCUCUACUGCCAGUCUAAGGAGACAGGAGAUGUGGUGGCCAUGAACAGGAUGGUGCACGAUGGCACACGCUGCUCCUACAAAGACUCCUACAGUAUCUGUGUGCGGGGAGACUGUGAGCACGUGGGCUGUGAUAACCAGAUAGCCUCAGACAUGCAGGAGGACAAGUGUGGCAUCUGUGGAGGAGACAACUCCAGCUGUAAAAUCAUCAAGGGGAACUUCACUAGGAGCGCUAAAAAAGAAGGUUUCCUCAAGAUACUUGAAAUCCCUCAAGGGGCCAGACAUCUGUUGAUUCAGGAGUUCAAGGCAACCCCUCACAUCCUUGCUGUAAAGAACCAGGCCACAGGUCAUCUGUUCCUGAACGAUGAGAACGAGUUCCCAGAGUCCCGUACAGUGAUAGAGAAGGGGGUGGAGUGGGAGUACCACAACAAUGAUGACAUGGAGACCAUCCAGACCACAGGACCUCUCAGAUACACUGUUCUGGUCAUGAUGCGUUCCCACGGUGACUCAAAGGUCACUCUGUCCUACAAGUACUUUCUCCACGAAGAGCUGCAGUCGUCCAUUGAAAAUAACCUGGUGCAGGAGGACACAGCCUACUUUGAGUGGGCUCUAAAGAAGUGGUCUCACUGCUCUAGGCCCUGUGGAGGUAAGCAGUACACAAGGUUUGGCUGCAGGAGAAAGUCAGAUGGGAAGAUGGUCCACCGCACCCUCUGUGUGAACAUCGACAAGCCCAGAGCUAUCAGCAGGAACUGCAGCCAGAAAGAGUGCUCCCAGCCAGUUUGGAUCACUGGGGACUGGCAGGAGUGUAGUUCAUCCUGUGGGAAGACUGGCUACCAGACCCGCUCUGUCCUCUGUCUGCAGCCCAUCGCCGGCGGUGACCAACGUACUAUCCACAGCAAGUACUGUAAUGAUGACAGGCCAGAGGGACGGCGACCCUGCAAUCGCCAGCUCUGCUUUGCCAAGUGGGAAGUAGGACCCUGGUCCCAGUGUUCGGUGACGUGUGGCAACGGGACCCAGGAGCGGAAGGUUCUGUGCAACAGUUCUGAUAACUCAGUGGGACUCUGCGUGGAGACCAAACCCAUCACACUCAGAACCUGCCAGCUAGUCCCCUGCACAGGGGACGGAAGAAACGCUUUGAUCCAGUGGCUGUCGCGGGCCAACCCAGAACUCCCUGGUCCCAAGAUCUCCUCAAGGCAGUGUAAGGGAGAUAGGUCAGCGUUCUGUCGUAUGGAGGUGCUGAACAGGUAUUGCUCCAACCGUGGGUACAGACAGAUGUGCUGCAAGUCCUGCAGCGAGGGAAACUUCACCAGUACGGGCCAGACCUUCACCACUGGGCCCUGGAGGUAUACCACACUACCUGCUCCCACCAAUCGCUCCUGCUCAACAACCCCCACAACAACCCUCACACCCAAACCCUCCACCGAGCUUUAUACCACUGACUUUGCUUAUGUCGACUAUGACGAUUAUGAGGAGUAUACAACCAAAACCAACGAGCACAACACAGCGAAAAAAUAUAGCCCUACCACCAUCCCUGUAUUAACACCCAGACGCCCCAGAAGAACAACCACCCCUUUGGUUACCUCCAGGAGUCCUACAUCUCUCCCCACCAUCACUGAGGAGACCACAGAUCCCAGCACCACCGUCACCACCAUUCAACCCACCACAGAACCCACCACAGUCCCCACCAGUCAGGGCCCAUCGACUCUCAGAACUACAAAUGUUCCCAAAUCCAUCACGUCCACCACAGCUUGGGUUGAUGUUAUUGAGAGGAAGUCCUGGACAACCCUAGCUCCAUCCACUUCCAGACCUAAAGUAGACAAGAGAUGGAAAACCAUUCCAACACAGCGUAGGGUCAGUGUGAUACGCAUGCUCUCCACCAUACCCCCCCACAGGACAGAGGACAAGAGAGAGAACAACUGGCUGGAGGUGCCGUACAGGAUCGUUGGUGUAGACAAUGAUGUCUCUCAAAACCACUUUGUUCCUAGAAGACGGCCUCCAUUCCGAGAAAUGACACGGAACAAAAGAAUACAAGAGCUCCUAGCUGAGAAAAGGAGGCAAGACUUACUCCUCAAACGAGCAAAAAGAGAACCGGGACCUUGAUAGUCAGGCGACCUUAGAUUCCCUUAGUCUUUAGCACAUCCCAAAGCUAUGCUACAGAGAUUUUCUUGUUGAAUGUUGCAUUAGACAUUUUACAGACACUCUUAUCCGGAGCAAUUAGGCUUAAGUGCCUUGCUCAAGGACACAUCAACAGAUGUUUCACCUAGUCGGCCCGGGGAUUCAAACCAGCAACCUUUCGGUUACUGGCACAACGCUCUUAACCUCUAGACUACCUGCCACCAAUGUGUGACAUAAUCCUGCUAUAAUGAAACCACUCAUUCCAGAUCAGAGCCUGUCGGUCAUGUAAAAAUGUUUUGGUUAUCUUAAAGAUGGGAAUUGGGCCUGCUUCGCUUUUUUAUCCAAUGAGGAAAGGGGAUAGAAAACGUACAAAACUGACACAAUUGAGAAAUGAAUACUAACUAGUUUUCUGUAAAUCCACUCUCUUGAGCGUUAAUUGCACAUUUGUACUCGCUGCUUGGUAAUAAAGAUAAAUUGAAUAGUUUUUUUGUUUCUUUGAUGUCAAUACAUAUUGUUUAUUUGUUUAGAUUGUAAACAAUUAAUACAUUACUUAUUUAACAGCACUUAUGAUAAGGAAGGAAGUCGCUGUUGUCAGUAGCAGGUUCAAAAAUGGUUUGUGAGUACAUUUUUGUAUAUUUGUUUUUACAAAACUUUUAGUACUAUUAUAGUAAUGGUAUACACCCUAUUGAAACCGUAAUCAUAUCCAAACUGUAUAAGGCUAGCUUACACUAUCUGUACAUUCCACCCUUUCAAUACCAACACACAGCACAUGAUGUCCAAGGUAAAAUGUAAAUAUGACUCAAAUUUUAUUUCUAAUAUUUAUUGAACUGUCUGUUAAAUGAUUGAUGCUUUUCACAUGCAGGUGCAUGAGGCAUGUGCUCAUAGGACCAGCAGCCAUACAAUCACUAUGAAGUAUUCUAACACAUUGGUAAAUGGAAACAACAUAAGCUGUACGUUUUCAUACCUGAUAAUCUGAUCAUUUAAUAAAACUGCAAUUGAAAAAUAA